GGAAGUGGAGGAGGCUGUAAUGGCGGCUGUGACUGAAGUUGUGGUACCCGCGGACGGCGCGGAAGCCAGGCCCUUGGCGGCCGAGGAGCUGGCGGCGCAGAAGCGAGAGCAGAGACUGCGCAAGUUCCGUGAGCUGCAUCUGAAGCGGAAUGAAGCUCGUAAGUUAAAUCACCAGGAAGUUGUGGAAGAAGACAAAAGACUUAAGCUGCCUGCUAACUGGGAAGCCAAGAAAGCACGUCUGGAGUGGGAACUCCAGGAAGAAGAAAAGAAGAAGGAGUGUGCAGCUCGAGGGGAAGACUACGAGAAGGUGAAACUGCUGGAGAUCAGUGCGGAGGACGCUGAGAGGUGGGAGAGGAGGAAGAAGAAGAAGAACCCUGACUUGGGGUUUUCAGAUUAUGCUGCUGCCCAAUUGCGCCAGUAUCACCGGCUGACCAAGCAGAUCAAACCUGACAUGGAAAGCUACGAGCGACAGAGAGAAAAGCAUGGAGAAGAUUUUUUCCCGACAUCCAACAGUCUUCUCCAUGGGACGCAUGUGCCUUCCUCAGAGGAAAUUGACAGAAUGGUUUUAGAUCUGGAAAAGCAAAUUGAAAAGAGAGACAAAUACAGCCGAAGACGUCCUUACAAUGACGAUGCCGACAUCGACUACAUUAAUGAGAGGAACGCCAAGUUCAACAAGAAAGCAGAGAGGUUCUACGGGAAGUACACGGCUGAGAUCAAGCAGAACCUGGAGAGAGGAACAGCUGUGUGAGCCUGCCCUCGGGAGCAGUACAGGAGCUGGGAAGGGGUUGGAGGUGGCCGCAGGCAAAUUCAAACUCCCAUGUGGGACUAUUUCCUUUACUUACCCCUGCCUCCCCGAGGGCCUUCUGAAAUAAAUGUCUUUUCUCACCUCUCUUCAACAUGCACAUGUCCACAUUUUCCUGCUUGGAUAGACCAUGUAUUUCUUGUAGUGAGUGAUGUUUUGUAAAAAUCUAAUUUGUAUAAAUCCUAAUUAUUAUUUUUCUAUGUAUUUUAAAUGUGCAUGACCAUAUAUCCUUGAAUUACUGGGGCGUAGAUGGUUGUGUACACAGUGCAGUCACUGCUGCUUUGAGUGUUCUUAGGAAGUAGAAGCUACAGUCGGGCUUUGGGGCUGUCCAGGAAAGGACUAGGAAGCAGAGGCUGUCAAGACAGAUGCUCCUGGAGUUCUGGCACUGUCUUCCCGGGCUGGAGUCAGAGGCCAUGGCUGUGAGCCUCUCACACUCUCUUUUUAAAGAACAAUAAAGUGCUUUGGAAUAGA